CGUUUCGUCCGCUGAGACAGAGUUGUGCCUUCGGUUUGUUUGCAACCAGCUGGUUGGGGGGCAGCCAUGGAAGAACUGUGUUCGUUGCUGGGCAAGCGUUGGAGCCCGUCGAUUUUGGUUUUGGGAGGUGAGCUGCAAAUCCAGCCGCUGCUUUGGGAUCGGGAGAUUUCAUUUUUUCCAAAGGCUUUCCAGAAGAGAAGGCCUCUUCCUUCUGUUCAAAGGCUUCCCAUUUCGAAUAUAUCAAUGGCAGAAGCAACAAAGAGGUAUGCGGUUGUUACUGGGGCAAACAAAGGCAUAGGAUUGGAAACUGUGAGGCAAUUGGCCUCAAAUGGAUUCACUGUAGUUUUAACUGCCAGAGAUGAGAAAAGGGGUCUUGAAGCUGCUGAGAAACUCAAAGAGUCUGGCCUCUCAGGUCAAGUGGUUUUUCAUCAACUUGAUGUGGCUAACCCUGCUACUGUUGCUUCUUUGGCAGACUUCAUCAAAACCCAGUUUGGGAAACUCGAUAUCUUGCUUGAAUACACCAAAAAGCAAGGGACUGGAAAUUUGCAUUCUGUUGCCAUUUUCAAGGGUCAAGACCUUCGUCAAAGAGAAAAAAAAAAAAUCAUGAAGAAAGUGCAAAACAAAGCUCGCCCAAUUAAAUAGCAUGCUGUACAAAACUAUCCAAAUUUUGUUAUUUUGAUGCCUACUUCCUACUAUAAACAUCUCAAUGUAUAUACAAACAUGCGUAGUAUUUUAACAUAACAAGUAGCCUGUAAAAUAUGUUAUUACAUGCUU